ACUGACCCACACAGAGUUAUAUCUGCAGCUCAAUAUCUGUCAUCACCCAGCAAAGUGCAGUUGUGUGUGACGCUCCGUGCUACAUAGAGGGCAAGCGGUCUCACAUUCCAACACCCUGCCAGAACAACUUCUCUGCAGCAAACCAAAGACUUUUGCAGAGAUGGUAGUUCCAAACCAGUGUUGUUGUGGGUGCUCGCUCAGGACGGGCACCAUCAUCAUUGCCGUCUUGUGUACGGUUUGGUGCCUUUUUCAAUUAGCAAUAACAGCGUACAGUUUGCACAACUUCCUUCAGUACUUCAGCGAUGAUGUAAACACGGAAACAUCAGUUUCGAAGGAAAUGAAAACUUUGUCGACUGAAGAUGGUGCUUACUUCGUACCUGCUAUGGUCGAUUACGAGGAAUUAUUUGCUGAGGAUGAUGAAGAGGAUGUCUUUGAGAAUGAAGAUGAAGAAGGAAAUGAAGUUGACAAACAAGAAACACAAGAAGAUGAAGAUGAAGAAGACUUAAUAAAACUUCCAUUUUCUGUUAUUAAUACAUAUUUUCUGUGA